AUGUCCAGUUUUUGUAAUUCAGCUUGCAAAUCGAAUGAAUGUAAAACGAAAAUCCGUUCUGAUACAGCAAAUUACGUUUGGACAAUUGAAGAUUUCCAUUUUCACGAAGCCAAAGGAGAAAAAUUAGUAUCAUCUGUGUUUUCAUCUGUCACGAAUAAUCGAGUUAAAUGGUACUUACAUCUUGAUCCUAAUGGAAAAACCGAUGCAAAGGAUUCAAUUAGUCUGUUCCUAUAUUUGAGUAAACACAGCAGUAUUGAAAAUAACAAGAAAAUAUUCGCAGAAACUACUUUUUAUGUUGUGAGUAGUGAAAGUAGAGUACGAGUAGAAAUCAGAUCUCCAUUGGGUAUUAGAGAAUUCCCCAUCCAUGGCAACAGUGGUUGGGGUUUCGAAGAAUUCAUUAAAAAAGAUGCUAGCUAUAGAACCAAGAUGUUGUCGAACAAUACAUUGACGAUUCGCUGUGAAGUGAAGUUUUCUGACAUGCAAGAUAUCAUUACAAGUUCUCAUCAAUGUGACUGUGGCAUUGAAAUGCCUGAAUGUAACCUCUCUGAAAACUUUGCAGCUUUAAUUAAAAACCAAACGUUAACGGACGUUAUCCUUUCCGUGAAUGGUAAAGAGUAUCCUGCCCAUAAGGCUGUAUUGGCUGCUCGUAGUCCAGUUUUCUGCGCCAUGUUCACCCACAGUACAAAAGAAAGCGAGCUCAAUCGUGUAGAUAUUAAGGAUAUUAAUGAAGCUGUUGUGGUAGAAAUGCUGAAAUACAUUUACACCGGAAAAUGUGAGAAUUUAGAUGGAUUGGCUGAGGGAUUAUUGACAGCAGCCGAUAAAUACGAUUUGCGUGGAUUGAAAAUUAUGUGUGCGAAGAAACUAAUCAGGGGAUUGUCAGUUGAGAAUGCAACGAAUGUUCUUAUAUUGGCCGAUAUGCAUCAUUUUGAAAACCUAAAACGUCACGUGAUCAAGUUUAUUGUUUCCAACUGUGCUGAAUUUGUGAACACUGAAGCCUGGUUAAAAAUGCUUUCGUCAAAUUUUAAAUUGGUGAAUGAAGUUUGCCGAGCCAUUGCUCGUCGUAAAUGA